AUAUUAUUUCGGCAAUAGAGAACGCAUUUGUACCAGUGUGGCGGGAAUAUUGAUUUCCCCAUUGCGCACACUGUCAGUGACCGGCGCGCGCACCAACUGUCAAACUGACGUUACCUACUGCUGAAGUAAUCGCCAAUUUCAUGUGAAAAUAACAUCAAUUUUGACAAAUACGACAAAUUCCAUGAGCUUAUAAAUACUAAUACAGUGUUACUUUUGAAUCGUCGGAAUUCCAGCAUGUCUUGAAGUUCUAUACAGACUCCCUUGAGUUUGGAAGUUUGCCGCAGUCCUUGUAAUCUCAUGUCAUUGUCUUUUGUGUUGUUUACAAAAAUUCUUCGUUCAUAACAUGCGAUGAAAUUGUAUGAAACAUUGUAUUUUUGUGCUUAGUGCGGUGAAUAGUGAUACCAGGUAGAAACAUGAUUAAUAGGAGUACAUUCUAACUAAAAACAAUGAUAGAUAAACAUGUCGAGAUGCCUGCGGAUAUUUGGAGCCUACUCCUUCAGGUUGACAAGGAAACACUCGACAAUAUUUCUUGGAGUUUUCUUCAUACUCAGUGUUACUAUAAUCCUGCAGUUGUACGCAUACAGGCACCACGAGCACCCGCCCCCACCUCCCAGUGUCGGUGACUUUAACUAUAGUCCAGGCGGCUUCUUACGAGGUAAACAGCCCGGAAACAUAAGUUACUGUCUCUUUAACUAUGGCCUUCCUCGUAGUCUUAUAUGGAGUAAAAUCUCAGUACUUCCGUCCCCAGAAACUGGAAGUAGGAGUGAGUAUGGAGUCAUAUAUAAUGCCAUUCAAAGUAUCGUGUAUAUGAAUGUCAGCAAAGUUGACGCAGUGACGUAUGUUACUCAAGCGACGCCUGAAUUCUUGUACCAUAUCGUGGAAAUAGCGAAGUUUUGGGAUGGUCCCAUUAGCCUCGCCGUGUUCGUACCUAACUAUGACUUAGAUAUUACUAUGCAGAUAUUGAACCAUCUAUGCCACUGCUAUCCGAAAAUGGCAAAAGUUUCGGUUCAUUUAUUUUUCCCAAAACGAAUACUACCAAGGUUGAGAACGUUGCAAGAAAUACAGAUGGCUUUAACCACUAUACCAUCGCCGACAUUUGAAUCAUCUAAUUUGAAUACUUCAGACCUGUUGAAACAGAAAUUGCAUAAUUAUCGCAACUUGAAUAACAAAAAUAGAGCACAAUACAUUCAGAGAGCGAGGAGAAAGAAAAUUGAACGCAUGAUGAUGAGGAUUCCAGGAAAAGAACUCCUACCGCCUCACAUACAAUUCGAGGACUGUUCAGGUGCAGGCGCAGAAAAAGUUCGAACAUACAGAAAAAAUACAUUAAUGACGUAUCCAAUUAAUGUCGGCAGAAAUGUUGCGAGAAAUGCAUCAAUGACCAAUUAUUUCUUAGUGUCAGAUAUAGAAAUGGUGCCAAGUAAUGGUUUGGCGCCGAAAUUCUUGAAAAUGGUUAGAAAGUUGAUGGGUAAUCAAAAGAGAGAUUCUGGUUGUGUGUUUUUGAAGACAGUAUUUGUGGUGCCGCUGUUCGAAGUGGAGAGAGGAGAGUUGAUACCUCGCAACAAAAAAACGCUGAUUCAACUGAUAACUGCGAACCGCGCUUCGUACUUCCACCAGCAUGUGUGCCCACACUGCCAGCGGUUUCCAGGGCUACAGACCUGGUUGCUAAGACCUGCACGUGAAGUUCUGGAGCCAAUGCUAAUAGCAAAGAGGGAGUAUCCAUACCAUAGAUGGGAGCCUCUUUACUUUGGUACUAAUAAAGAGCCUUGGUACAGCGAGUCUCUGUGUUGGGAAGGUUUUCAGGACAAAAUGACGCAGAUGUUGGAGAUGUGUCUACAACAAUACCGGCUGGUGAUUCUAGAUGGGGGAUUUCUUUCUCACGCAGCAGUGCCAAGAUCGAAGAAACAUCGCAAAAGAGAUGAAGUUACGAACACGGUAAAGUACGUGAAGAUUAUCAACUAUUUAAAAAAGAAGUACGACGAUAGGCAAGGAUAUAUGAUUGGUUUUGAUUGA